AAGUGUUGCUCAGAUCAGACGGCAGCAUCUAGAAAGCGACUGGCUGCCUGAGCUCUUGCGUGCUACUUUUAGAGGAAGAAGGCGUGACUACAGAAGCACAACAAUAUUGAACAGCACCCAUGUCUCGCACACACACAGCUAGUUGAAUGCACAGGAUCUGAUAAUAAAGGAAACCGCGGAUGCACGCUAGAAGAAGUUUGCUGGAGAUCUGCUGAUGCUAGUAGUCGAGGAUCAACAACAACAACAAACCACUCGAGCUCGUCAACUAGGAAAUGCACUUCGCGUUAAGCAUGACUGCAUGCUAGUCUGCCAGGACGACUACUUUUGGACGGAGAGUAAUAAUAGAUGUAAUACAGAUUGCAUCGUUUUAUUCGUCAACAAGCAAAGCAAGCGCGUGGACGAGUCGGAAACUCGCGCGCGCCAUUGAAAACAAAUUCGGGACAAUCUGAGGCUGUUCGACACGCGUGCCUCCUGCACUACUGGUCCUCCACCCAGCAGCAGGUGUGGCUCGUUCCUACGACGUCACAAAUGCGACCAUGGGAAGUAGCAGUGAGUAGGCGGCCAACAACAGCCCCCUUAAACCAGAGGAGGCUCGUCGGGGAGCCCUGCAUCACCCCUCUGCACCUCAGGAGAAGUCCUCCAGUGCGCCAUCAGUGGGGCCAGCGAGAUCGCCCUGCGCUUCACACUUCCCUUCACCAGGAUGAGAACUUCCACCACGCCGUCUUCUCCCAGCAUCAGCAGGUUCCUUUAGAUGAGUCCAGGCAGUACAGCCACAGCGGUGCCGCUCCACGCAUGCUGCACACUGCCAACCAGCCUCCUCAACAGAGCUCCAUCAUGGUGGAUCUACACGAGCAGAUGCAUCAAGGAUCAGUUCCGAUCUCUUACACUGUUACCACGGUGACGACCCACGGGUUUCCUAUCCACACCGGGCAACCAAUCCCAGCCUGCAAUGCUCAGCAGCUCCCAGCAUGCUCGGUAAUGUUCAGCGGACAGCUCUCUCUGCUCUGCUGCCUUCCUCCUCCACUCAUUCAGGCCUGCACCAUGCAGCAUCUGCCGGUGUCCUAUCAGGCGUUCCCUCCGCUGAUCUCCAGUGAGCAUUUCAUCCUGCACCCCAGUCCUGCAGUGGCGCCCCACCAGCCUCCACCUCACCCUCCUCAUCCUCCUCCUCCUCAUCUGCCGCCGAUCAACCAGUUCGUCCCCAUUCAGCCGCAGCACCCGCGCAUGCCUCUGCAGAGGGUGGAGAAUGAAGUGGAUCUGCGAGGAGACCAGCAUCCGUUAGGAACGUUCUCUUAUCCUCCAGCCCAUCAUCCACCAGCACUGACGCCCUCCGUCCCCCUGCAGUACCUGCCGCAGGAGACCCUACACCAGGAGUUGCCCUACCCAGUGCCAUAUCCACACAUGCUGCCGAGGCGUAUAACGGGACAGAGGUAUCGGUUACAGCAGCCUCUGCCUCCGCCGCCGCCUCCACCGCCGUAUUACCCCGGCUUCCUACCAUACUUCCUCUCGAUGCUUCCUGUGCCUCCAACUGCUGUGGGUCCUGCUAUCAGUCUGGACCUGGAUGUAGACGAUGUGGAGAUGGAGAACUAUGAGGCGUUAUUAAACCUUGCUGAGAGACUCGGAGAAGCCAAACCUCGAGGACUGACGAAAGCUGAUAUAGAGCAACUCCCGUCUUACAGGUUUAAUUUAGAAAACCACCAGUCUGAACAAACUCUGUGUGUUGUGUGCUUUAGUGAUUUUGAGUCAAGGCAGCUACUUCGAGUAUUACCCUGCAACCACGAAUUUCAUGCGAAAUGUGUGGACAAGUGGUUAAAGACCAAUCGCACCUGUCCGAUCUGUCGAGCCGACGCGUCUGAAGUUCACCGCGAUGUGGAAUGAUGUUCAGGUUUCUGUCCUUCACUGGAAAGCAGCACAAACCCAGGAGUGUGUUCUGUAAGCGGAGACGCCUGAUCUCCAGCCAAACGCCAAUCUGCCCCCAAUCCCCGCUCCCGAACCCAACCUCAACAAUAAGCAAUCUUGGAUCCGUACGGAAUCUGUUCGACCUCCGCUGUGUGAGUUUUUCACGAAACGCUACUGCCGCCUGGAAACCAUUUGGGUUUUUUUCUUUUAGCAUUUCCCUCGUUCUGCAGAUUCCAAAGAUAACCUGUAGUUGCGUGUUGUGUUGGCAUAUAUUCGUUUACACCGUUGAAUAUUCAUAUAUGAUCACAGAUCGUGCGUGAGGGACGGCGGGCUCCUGUUUUUUUGUGUUUCGUUUAUUUUUGGCUUUACUGUGCAAUCAUAAGGACCUGCUCCGCCGGCCAUCGUAGAUGCAUGGGCUGAGGGACUUGUUAAUAAUCUAUGUUUUGCAAUAAUGUAUUGAUCAUUUGAAUAUCUUAAUCCCGAAUUCUCUUUUAUCUGCGAAUGCUGUCGUGAAGGUGUGACGUUCAGUGGUUUCACAGUUCCAAGAGGACUAAAAAAAACAAAGACGGAAGAUGGAAAAAAAAAAAAAAAAAAAGGAGGACUCCCUUUGGGAAAUGUGGCGUUUGCUGGGACUGCAGCAUGCAAACACACACUUACACACACUGCCUCUGCACAAGCGCUCAUGGCUUCUGGACGGCCUCUUUGUGUUCAUUUCUCAGCUAGCUCCAGGAGAACACCUCAAGCCCGACUGUUCUUUUAGACUAGCAAUAUUCCAGUUAUCCACGAGGAAUAUAUCCAAGUCCGGAAUGACUCUCUUCGGGGAAGCGUGUGGAAAGCAAUACGUGCAAUGAGGUGAACCUGAUUUUCAGAGGACCAGGCUUUUGUUCUUUUGUGUUUCCCUCAUUCGUGAGCCAAAUAAUCAACAGAUACUCUUGAAGAUUUUAGCUCUGCCUUCUCAAGACCUUGACAAGCACAAACCUGUUACUAAUCCGUUUGUUUUGUUUCUUUAAAAGAAGUGCUGUUAUUUAUUUUCCUCUUUCCAGAGCAUUUCUGAAGGAAACGUACGGUUGGGUUAUUAGUCGUUUAGCCUCCUCUUGUCAGGUCUCAGGCAAAGAGAAAGAGAGAAGAAAAAAAGCAUUGUAUGCAUAGCCUUGGUGUGAAAGGUUGCAAAUUAUCGUCUUGUUUUUAAGACACAAGAAUGUUGAAACCCUCUGUAUUUGUAGUUUGGCCCUCUAAUGUGUGCCAGCUGACUGUAUAGUCGAUCCACGGAAAUCCUGAAGAGGAUUGGGAAUGGUAGACAUAGAGCGUUAGGGUCGUUUUAAGAAAAAAAGAAAAGAAAAUGCACUGUAAAACGCUCAACUCGUGCUUCACUCGAUUCCAAAAACAACCUGAACGUCACGUUCAGGAGAUAAAACUAUGAACUAUUUGGGUGUUGUUUUUAUUCCCGGAGUAAGUACUUUAAUUAUAGGACUUUUAAAAAUAUAUAUAGAUAUAUCCGAGUCGUUUGUCCACUGAAUAGUCAUUGUAACUCAAUAGAAACACUGGCUUUUUCGGGGGGUAAAAACAAAGGGACUCUUUUAAGAGAAUGUUGCGUGUUAUUUUGCGUGGCAGGUUUUAGAGAGGAAAAAAAAACUACUAAAAAUACAAAGCCAUUGUAAUGAAUUUAAUCCACACACUUUUGAUAAGUAAUCUAUGUAUACAUAUCUGUUCACUGGCAUAUAUUUUGAGUACAAGUAAAAAAAAAAAAAAUCACUCAGGGCCUCUCUGUAAUUGAAAAAUAAAGGAAAACAGUCCAUUUCGAAUGGGAUUGACGCCAUGGAGAUAUAUUUGGGUAUAUUGUUUUCCUCAGGCCAUGCAUAUUUUAAAUGUAAUCGACUGAACUAAUAUUCCUUUUUUAUUAAAAUAGUGCUGAAUAUUAUUCCAUUAUAGGACUGGCAUGCAACGAAAAAAAAA